AAUUAUUAAAGCUACACAGAAUCACUGAUUUGCCAGAUGUUUCAUUAUCUUCAAAAUUCUUCUAGAAACCAACCGCUUGACAGUCCAACUGAAGAAGAGUACUGGGACAAAAUAGCUCAAGAAAGCAUUAAAUUGGAGGGAGCCCUCUCGAUUCAUUUAAAGGAGUGUGAAGUUUUACAAUUAAAGGCAUGGUACGGUGUCUAUAAGGCCUUUUUUGAUAGUUGGGCGACAUUUGAGAGAAGUCGCUCAAUGAAUCUUAAUUUUGCUCAGCCUCAACACCUUAAAGUUUCCAAGAAGAUGAAGUCCUUGACUCUGCCUUCUCUUAGAACAGUUAAUUGGCUUAAUGUAAGCUUUACGAGAAAAUGGAAGGAUGCAUUUUUCAAAAAGUGAUUCCUAAGUAGAAUUCAAUGUUUUAGUGUAUCAUUAAAUGAGCUUUCAGACUCAAGAAGAUUGCUCCUGAGAUUAUCUCAGGUUAGCUAUAAAGUCACGAAAGUAAUUACAUUCUAUUUUUUAAUAAUCAAUGAGUCCCAGAUGAAGAGACUUAUGAUGCUAGUCAAGCACAUCAUGAAAGUCAGGCUGAGCUCCUGCAAACUCAAUUUCGUUGAGGUUAUUGAUCUCUCUAAAUGCUUAAGACGAACUACCAUCGAAGAGCUCCAUACCUCUGAUUGUGCUAGAUCGAUAUUUAGUAAUUGGGUGAAUAAACCAGAAGGCUUCUCUAAUUUUAUUGAGAGUCUCUCGAAGUCUGAUUUGAAGAGUUCCUUACAGAAGUUUCACCUUGAUGAAACCCAGCUUGAUAAAGACUUUGCCAAGGAAGUAUUCUUGAAGAAUAAGUUUAAAGAUGUAAUGUUGGUGAAAAAAUAUAGAUAA